AUGACCAUUCCGGCGCCGCCGGUGCUAAACCCCCAUAGGCCCCUAGCGUUGGCUCUGGAGGUUUCCGUUCAACGUGACUUGAUGCAGAGGCUGGGGCCAAUCUCACUACGGAAUCUGGUGCUGCGCCUUCGCACUACUACCGCAGUAUGUGUGGGUCAGAGCUCGGAGGAGGACGUCAGGUAUGAUCACAUUUGCGGUAUUGUGGGCGAUAUACCGAUUGCUCCUGCGGAAGGGCAAAAUGACUUUUCUCUUGACCCCGGCAUUUGGAAAAGCCACGUCGUCCCACUCGUUUCACCAACCUUUGGAUCUUCCGUGCUUUCAAUCAGGCAUGCCUUGGAGGUUAUCUGUGGGUUUUCCACAGGUACACACAAGAGGAUUCAGUGCUUGCGAACGGGCGUUGAGGUAAUUAUCGCGGAUGCAGAGUUCCACGACCCCCCGCCGGCUUAUGCCAUGAUCAAUGGUAUUGAGGAACUGGCCUGCUCCUCCAGUGACGACUUGUAA